GUGCGCGGUUGUCCGGGCAGCCAUUGCGGGUACAUUGUCCGAAACCGCGGAUACAAUUGAGUGUUGUGUGCCACGCAAGUAAAAUCCAAGAAAAUCAAAGGUCAUCCUUAAAGAAAGGUGCUGCGUGUAAAGCCCGGGACGCGCACAAACCCCCGGCCCGAUGGCUGAAUCCGACAAACUGAAUAUUGACAACAUCAUAGCUCGGCUCUUGGAAGUGCGGGGAGCCAGGCCAGGAAAAAAUGUGCAGUUGACAGAAGGAGAAAUAAAGGGGCUAUGCUUGAAAUCGCGUGAAAUUUUUUUAUCACAGCCCAUUUUGUUAGAACUGGAAGCACCGCUUAAAAUAUGUGGUGAUAUUCAUGGGCAAUACUAUGAUUUAUUACGGCUGUUCGAGUAUGGUGGAUUUCCACCAGAAAGUAAUUAUCUUUUCUUAGGAGAUUAUGUUGAUAGAGGAAAACAGUCUUUAGAGACAAUUUGUCUUCUUCUUGCCUAUAAGAUCAAAUAUCCUGAGAACUUCUUUUUACUUCGUGGAAAUCAUGAAUGCGCAUCUAUUAACAGGAUAUAUGGAUUUUACGAUGAAUGCAAACGUCGAUACAAUAUUAAAUUGUGGAAAACAUUCACGGAUUGCUUUAAUUGCUUACCCGUCGCGGCAAUAGUCGAUGAAAAGAUAUUUUGUUGUCACGGUGGUCUCAGUCCGGACCUUCAAAAUAUGGAACAGAUCAGACGUAUUAUGCGACCAACAGACGUACCUGAUCAGGGAUUGUUAUGCGACUUGCUAUGGUCGGACCCAGACAAAGAUACAAUGGGUUGGGGAGAAAACGAUCGCGGUGUUUCGUUUACAUUUGGGGCUGAAGUUGUUGCCAAAUUUUUACAUAAGCAUGACUUUGACCUCAUAUGUCGUGCUCAUCAGGUGGUAGAAGAUGGCUAUGAAUUCUUUGCAAAAAGACAAUUAGUUACUCUGUUCUCGGCACCAAAUUAUUGCGGCGAAUUUGAUAACGCAGGAGCUAUGAUGUCCGUAGAUGAAACUCUUAUGUGUAGUUUCCAAAUUUUGAAACCAGCUGAUAAAAAGAAAUUAACGUAUGGUGGCCUGAAUGCGAAUAGACCAGUGACUCCCCCGCGGGGUGGUGGAAAUAACAAAAGCAAGAAGAAGUGAAAUCCUUAGAUUUGUUUCUUAUCUUUUUUUUUAAACGCAACGUUUUAGAAUUUCAAAAUAACUCCCUCAGAAAUCUACCAUCUUUUAAGACAUUAAGUUCUUGUAAGAGAAAAGAUGUUACUGUUAUUAUUUGUCUUAGUAUCGCUACUAUUAUUAUCAAUGCUGCUACCAUAUUACUUUCGAAUUUAUCAUGAAUUCCGUUCAGCUAUACUUAUAAUGACUCUUUAAGUAAAAAGAAAAAAAAAAUGAAAUCCGGAGGGGCAUUGCUUGGUAAACGAAAAAAAAAAGAAGAAAGUUUUUCAUUAAUAGAACGGUUCUAAGUAAAAAACAAAUAAAAUAUUAUUAAAUGGAUGUCUAGAAAGAAAUUAAUUCAUAGUUUGAUGAUUCAAUAGUAGAUUAGAGAUACGUGAAUUUUCUUUUUUAAUUGAUUUCGAUUUUUAUUACUUGUAUCUUUAAUUCCUGCAAAUAUAAAAUUCUUAUAAUCAAAUUUUCAGGUAAAAUUCAUAGCAAACUUAUUCAUGAUUAUUCACUGUAAUAUUUUCUUUGAUAUUUUUAUAGAUCAUUUAGAACGUUUGCGAUAUCGCUGAUCAAAAUAACAUGGUAUAAUACAAUUGAUACAAUGCCAGGGACAAUUUUAUUCUGCCAUUCUUCGCUGUCGUGACAUGCAUUGUUACUGAGAUUAUUAAUAUGUAAUGUCAAGCAUAUAGUGGUUUUGAACGAUAAGUGUCUCAAAUGUGAUACAUAGUUUUUGGCUUUGUUACACUUCUGUAAAUUGCACAAAAUUUGUAAACGACAUACAGAUACAAUUUUCGUAAAGGAACCGUUUUUGUAGAAUGCGCUUUUGUAAUUAAAUUUGUAUAAAUUAUAAAAAAAAAAUAUUUUAGCUGUUUAAUGAAAAUCGAUUUUAAUUCAUAUUUUUAACAAGAAGAAUGAAAACCAUGAAAGAUUUAUAUAUACGUAUAUUCCUUAUUUUAACCUACAUCCUACAACACAUUUAUGAUGCUUUAAAAGCGUUCGCUUACAUAUUCCGCGAAGCUUCUCUGGAUUUGAUUCAACGUACUAGUGGUUACUAAUUUUCGGAAAAGAAUCAUAAUAAUAGAAUUAAUAUACAAUUGAGCUGUAAAUGUACAUAAUACAAGUAGCGAAGUUAUUCAAAUAUGUAUACAUAUGAUUCAAUGAACGAAGAGUGUAAGAAGAAACCCCGAUUUCUAAGGAUUUCAUCGUAUAAACGUUAAUGAUCCCCAUUUGUUGGGAAUAACUUCAUUAAUUUCACGAGUAUAUAAAUAUAUAUUAUUGAUUUUCUUCAUUCUCUUGACAUACUUUCCUUCAUGCACCAUGUAGAUCAUAUACCAUAUUCCCCAGUGAUGUCACUAUAAAUUACAUAUAUGACAAGAAAUCAUAAAGUAUCAUGCUGUAAAAGUUGGCACGAGAAGAAAAACAUCGAUUAUGUCUGCCUCCCUUGUACUUGUACAUUAAUUUCUAUUUUAUAAAUAAAACUCACAAAAAACA